AUGACGAACGACGAAAUCCAAGUUACUACAAGUGGCCGAGGCAACUCUAUGCUCUCGUUUUGGACGUAUCCUGUGGUUUGGAUGGUUCGUGGAGCCUUUUUCGUUUCGUGUUUGGCCAUGUUGCACUGGGCUGCAGGGCACACGACUUCGGGGAAAGUCUUGAUGGAGAAGGGCGCCAGUCAUUCUCCUGUGGACAAUAACCACAUUACUACAUCUCUACAUGAAGCUGCUGUCAAUGGUCAUGUCAGUGUGAUAGAAACACUUCUGGAAAGUGGAGCCAAUGCAUCAUUGCCUUGUAGACUUGGUUUGACAGCCCUUCAUCAUGCUUCAUGGACGGGUCAUGUUGAUGUUGUCCAAGUAUUGCUAGGACAGGAUGGAGUGGAUGUAAAUGCAAAGGGACCGGUUGGUUAUACAGCUCUUCAUCAUGCUGCAUGGUUUGAUCAUGUUGAUGUUGUCAAAGCAUUGCUAGGGCAUGAUGGUGUGGAUGCAAAUGCAGAGUUAAUUGGUGGCGGGACUCCCCUCAAUUUGGCUGCACAGAAAGGCCACUUGGACAUUGUUACCACGUUGCUUGGACACGAUGGGGUGGAUGUCAAUGCAAAGGAUUCUUCUGGUAAAACACCCUUGGAUGUUGCUCAGAGUGGAUAUUUCACAGAUGUUGAGAGAGCCUUGAUUGCAGCAGGUGCUGUCACAAGUGGCAGUGAUGAGCUUUGACAUUGUCCUUCUUCUGGAAAUGCUUUUCACGUGGACAGUAUAGGGUUGCUUGGUGUUAUGUUGUUUGCCUGGUCGAUCAUCGGUCUGCACAUAUUGUUUGGCAUUGGGAGUUUCUACUUUUCCCAUACAAAUUGAAGGCGAGCUCGCACGGAAGUAGGAUUCGAUUCAGUGCUUCUUGCCCGCGGAACUAUUCCAUCGAGAUUUCUAUGAAUGAAUGAAUCUAAAUUUCAGUUUCUAAUC